AUGAAUAGUAAUGGGCGAACUUUCUCGCAAUCUAAUGAUGAUCUGUCUACGAGCUGGGCAAUCUCACUUCAAUUUCGACCAUGUCGAGACGAUGACAGUGAUCAACACAAUAGUCCUACUUCUCUUGAUCACAAUGAUCGAAUAGACAGUAAUGGACAAGAUGAAAUGAUACAAAAAUGGUCUACAUCAUAUAUACCCUAUAUGACUUAUUUUGAAGAACGUGAACGACCAUGGUCAUUCAUACCCAAUUCAGAUAUACUUGUUUUAAAUGUGACAAUUAGUCGAGAAUACCAUUUUCGUUUAAAUCCAUUUUUGUAUACAAUAAAAUUGAAGCAUGGUAGUUUUGAAUGGAUUAUAUCAAAACGUUACAAAGAUCUUGUGAUAUUUUUUGAACGAAUGAAUUUAUUUCAGAAAACAGCUUCACUACCACUACCAACAACAUCACAUCGAGAAAUUCGUCGUCAAAUGAGCCAUUCACAAGCGGUUGGUGGUCUUACAUUAAAACCGGAUGUUUUAGUUGAUGAUGGAAAUAUUGUUGAACGUGAAAAAUUAGUUGCCGAAAAAUUAACCUCAAUAUUAAAUCAUCCCGUUUUAUCUACUCAUAUCGAAUGUCUUAAGUUUAUUGAAUCAUCACCAUUGUCAUUCAUACGAGAACUAGGUCGAAAAUAUAAAGAAGGUUUAGUGAAAAAAAAUUCAGGAGGAUAUCGACAAGGUUGUUUUAAAAAUGUGAUUGCUCGAAUGAGAUGGUUUAAAAGAUGGUUUAUUAUAAAGGAUACUUGGAUUGGCUAUUUAAAUCCAAAAACGGGAAUUGUAUGUGCUGUAAUGUUAGUUGAUCAUCAUUUUCAUGUACGGACAGGAAGAGAGAAUACUGGUUCAUCAACAAAACUUUAUAUAUGCAAUUUGGCACGACGAUUAUAUGUUGAAUGUGGUGCAGCAAGGAAAGCAACAGAGUUUUGUGAUGACAUUGGUCGAAUGCUAAAAACAACUGGUAAUGAUUUUCAUUUAAAGCAUCGAUACGAUUCAUUUGCUCCCGAACGACCAAAUUCAAAAGCACAAUGGUUGGUGGAAGGGGCAGAUUAUAUGGAAGCGGUUGCCUAUGCUAUCAAAGCGGCAAAAGAAGAAAUUUAUAUAACAGAUUGGUUUUUAUCACCUGAAAUAUAUUUGAAGAGACCAGCACUAUCGGAUGAGUGGCGUUUUGAUAAAAUGUUACAUCAGAAAGCCCAUGAAGGUGUUCGAAUAUUUGUUUUAUUAUACAAAGAAGUUGAAUUAGCAUUAGGCAUAAAUAGUUCGUAUAGCAAACGGAAACUAAUCGAAGCCCAUCCAGAUAAUGUGAAAGUGUUGAGGUAUCCAGAUCAUACUGGUCAAAAUGCUGUUUUAUUUUGGGGUCAUCAUGAAAAAUUAGUUAUCGUUGAUCAAAGUAUAGCACUAUUCGGUGGACUCGAUCUUUGCUAUGGACGAUGGGACAAUUAUUUUCAUUUAUUAACAGAUUAUGGGUCUGCGUUGCCUGUGAAACACAAUACCAGUGAAAAUGUUCCGAGCACAAACAGUGUACCAGAUAUAAAGAUUCAUCUUGCUCAAUUGCCAGUAUCAUUAGAAGCUCUUGAUCUUGAAUGUGGAACAACGUCGUUGCAUCGAUCAUCACCUCCUUUGGCUACAAUAGAUGAUGAUCAUAUUCCUCAUAUUGAUGAUGAUGAUGGUGAUGAAAGACCAACACCACCAACAUUGAAAAAAGAAUUCAUACCGAACGGAGUACAUUAUCGUAGUAAAUCUUGUAUGGAAGAUCGAUCAAAGAAUCGAGAAUUGACACCCAUUGUUCACAUGCCAAGGCGUUCUAUAACGAAAAUAUUAAGUGAUCAAACAUUCGAGAAUUCUCAAACUACAAAUGAAUUAUCUUCUAACCGACGUUUUUCAUCCAGUGAUAUCACCAUAGAUGAACAUGAUAAAAUGAAUGGUCGAAUAGAACUUUAUAAAGAACAGAAACAAAAACGUCGUAAUUAUAUUUACAAUCAUAAUUUAUUUUCAAAUAUUUAUAAGAGAACACAUCGUCUAUCAUCCGCUGAACACCGUCAAAACUAUCAUCAACGUUUAGCUGAGUCGAUUAUCGAUGAUAAUGAUCCAUCUAAUCCUUUUGAUACACAAACAUCGGAUUCUGCAUAUGUGCGCGCACUUGAACAACAUCAUACAACAGAUGUAAGCUCAUUAGCACUAGGAUCAAUGCAAACCAUUACUAGUCUAGUCGAUCAUGAUCAACAAAAUCCAUUGCGUAAUGUAACAUUAUCUGUACCAACAGAAACAUUCGGAUUACCUUAUCAAAAACAUAAUUCAGACAACGCAAUAUCAUCUAAUACGUUAACUGUUGCACAAAAUCUUAAUGUAGAUAAUAUAUCUAGUCAUAAUCAAAACCGUCGACCACCACGCGAAAAAAAAUUGUCAUUUCUUUUGCCAAGACGACGUUCUCACUUUGUACAAACAGCAACACUUGCUGAUGAACAAAAACGAAAACGAGAUGUUAUUUGGCCAUUAAAACGAUCAUAUUCGUUUGACAAUACAUUUCAACGUAAUAGAAUAGACGAAUUAAAUAAAGACAAAGAAUCAAAAUGGCAACGUUUAAAAAUGGGUUUGAAAGAUACGCUACAAACAAAAAUAUUACGUUUUACAAAGUCAAAUGAAGACAUAUCGACACUUGGUCUUGGAAUUCAACCACCUUCAACGCCGGUUACACCAUUAACAGCCGGUAUUGAUCGUGAACGUUUUCGUGAUAAAAUCCGUCGUGUUACAUUAAAUUUUAAAACGAGUUGGAAACAAUCACGUAGUGAUUCAGAUCUUGAUGAAUACGAAACACAAGAUUUGAACGAUAUGAAUAAAUUUUUCCGUUCGUCAGAUGAUUUGGGUUUACAAGGUUCAUCAAAACUAUGGUUUGGUAAAGAUUACGCUAAUUUUUUACUACGUGAUUUUCGAAAUUUGGAUCAACCAUUUAUUGACAUAAUUGAUCGUAAUACCACACCAAGAAUGCCAUGGCAUGAUAUUGGGGGUUUUAUCUAUGGCGCGGGAGCAAGAGAUUUGAGUCGACAUUUUCAAGAACGAUGGAAUUUUGUUAAACGAAAUAAAGUGAAAGAUGAUCAUAGAUAUCCAUUUUUAUUACCAAAAGCAUAUGGAAACUAUACACCAUGUCCAAAACUAAUAACAAACGCAAUCAAUUGUUCGGUUCAGGCUUUGAGAAGUGUUGGUAAAUGGUCAACUGGUAUUCAUGAAAACGAAAUAUCAAUACAAAAUGCAUUCAUUGAUAUGAUUGCAAAUGCAAAAUAUUAUGUUUAUAUUGAAAGUCAAUUUUUUAUUUCACUUGUUGGCGAUUCAAAUGUACGAAAUGGAAUUGCAGAUGCGUUAUUUAAACGAAUUGUCAAAGCUCAUCAAGACAAAGAGACAUUUCGUGUUUAUGUUGUUAUGCCAUUGAUGCCAGGAUUUGAAGGACAAUAUGGUUCAAGUAAAGCUACAGCACUUCAAGCAAUUACUCAUUGGAAUUAUCGUUCAAUAUCUCAAGGGCAACAAUCAUUGUUAGCUCGACUUGCUAAAGAAGUGGGUGAUGCACACAAAUAUAUUUGUUUUUUUGGAUUACGUACAUGGUCUGAAAUGAGCGGUCAACUCGUAUCUGAAAUUGUUUAUGUACAUAGUAAAUUAAUUAUUGUUGAUGAUUCACGAGUAUUAAUUGGUUCAGCUAAUGUUAAUGAUCGAAGUUUACUUGGAGAUCGUGAUAGUGAAAUAUCGGUUAUAUUUGAUGAUACAGAAUUUGUACGAGGAACAAUGAAUGGACAAAAUGUACAAGUGGGAAAAUUUGGUUCAAGUUUAAGAAAACGUUUAUUUCGGGAACAUCUUGGUGAUUUUGAUGGUACACAAAUUAACUUCAAUGAUCCUGUAUGUGACGCAUUUUACAAAGAUAUUUGGUUGGCAACUGCGGGAAGAAAUACGACCAUGUUUGAAAAAGUUUUUAAUUGUAUACCAACAGAUUCUGCAUUUACAUUUGUUCAAUUACGUGAAAUACAGGCUGCUGAUAAAUUAUCGCAGACAAAUCCGAGUGAAGCUAGACGUCUAUUGACUUCAAUUCGAGGAUAUUUAGUGUUAAUACCUCAUAAAUUUUUAUGUAAAGAAUAUCUAGCACCAAGAAUGCCAGCAAAAGAAAUUUUGGCGCCUGUUUAUUUUUGGACCUGA